AUGUCUGAAGUUACACCUGCUAGCAAAGAAGACAUUCUCCUGACUUUCGGGCAACCGAACACACUCGACAAUGGUGUAAUAUCCAAAAUUCACACGUUAAAAAACAUCUUCAACUUGUCAACGGAAGAUAUUUUUCUUCAAUGGGAAACCUACAAUGUUAGUGAAGUAAAAGAGAAUUUAGAACUUUCUUUGAUCGUGUUAGAUGGGUUCCAAGAAUAUUUGCAAAGACACUUGGCAGAUGCUUCCAACAAGACUCCCUCAGUCAAAAGACUAAGAGAUUCAGUUGGAUCUACCAUUAAAAGAAGACCUUUGAAACCACUUAAUUCCUCCAGUCCAAUAGCAGAAUCCAACUUCCAUACUCCAAGCUUGAAAAUGAGAAAAGUCAAUGGGACCCCAUUCAAGACUCCUGGGGCUGGACCGGAUUCUUCUCCAAGUAACUUUGAAACUGCUAAUAACACUUUCCGUAACUCUCCAGUACGUUCUUCUGAACUUUCUAAUACCAUUUUAGAGACUUUGAAUGGGCAUAUUGAUAGCGUGGAAAACGGCCAAACCAAUGAGAAGGGAAAGAUACAAAUUGCAAGCAAUUUCGAUCCUCAGAAAUACAAGUUCCGUUCCAUGGCUAUGAAGUUACUUGAAAGUGCUGACUUUUUGGACGACCAAAUAGAUAACUUUGCUCAACUCUUCCAAGACGCUCAUAAAGGCGAAGAUUUGAAUUUUGGUAACCCAUGCUUGAGUUCUCAGUUCGAUAUCUAUUGCUGUGGUAGAAUUGUACCAGAUUCCCCCCUGUAUGACUACCUGCAAAGUUUGAAUGCUACCUCAUUAAACUUGGAAACCUCCAGAUUAGCGGGAAUUGGCCAAAGGGUGCCUUUAGACUUGUCACAAUUGAAGGAGUAUUCUUUCUUUCCUGGACAAAUUGUAUGCUUGAAAGGUAGAAAUCCUGCUGGUUCGCAGUUCGUUGUACAAGAAGUAUUGGGCUUGCCUGAAUUAGGAACUCCAAUUACCCCAGAGUCCGAGUUGAAAGACUUUAAGGACAUGGUUGGUGAGUCGUCAGGAAUAAAAUUCGUUAUGGCUGCAGGGCCUUACUCGAAUCAAAAUGUCCUCAAUUACAGCAAAUUCAGUUCAUUUGUCGACAGAAUCAAUAGUGAAAUUCAACCUGAUCUUGUGGUGUUGUUUGGUCCUUUUGUGGAUUUGAACAACAAGUCGGUUUUAGAGGGCGAUAUUGAGUUCCCAGAUAAUGGAGAGGAACCUCAAAAUCUUGAUGAAGUGUUCAAAAAGUUGGUUACUCCAAUUUUGAAGAGAAUCAACUCCAACAUCCAGGUGAUUUUGCUUCCUUCCUUAAGAGAUGCUACCGUAAAACAUUGCUCUUUCCCACAAGAUUCCUUUGAUAGAAAGCUGUUGGGAUUACCAAAGAACAUCAGGGCAUUUCCAAACCCAUCUGGAUUUGCUAUCAAUGAGAUCUUAUUUGGCUGUUCGAACUUGGAUGUGUUCAAGGACUUGAAAGAUGUGAUAAAACUUGAUUCUAGUGGAGAUAACACCAACAUAUUCUCCAACCGGUUCGAAAGAAUAACCAAUCACAUUUUCGAACAAAGGAGAUACCACCCAGGAUUCCCUGGUUCAGUGGCUAAGAAACAGAUAUCCAAGGAAGAAGUAAGCAAAACUGCACGUCAAACCGGUGGACUAAUGGCGGAAGAAGUGGCAGAGACGAGAAUCGGAGGAUCGUGUUUAGAAGUAUCAUAUAUGGGUUUGGCAGAAUUGGGAGAUACCUUGCCAGAUGUACUCAUCAUUCCAUCUGAGUUGAAGUACUUUGCCAAGAUUGUCAAGAAUGUCGUUACGAUAAAUCCGGGGAUGUUCAUCAGACCCAAUAAAGAUGCCGAAAAAGAGGAAGGCACGUACGUGGUCAUGCACACCAAGGCCCCCGAUACCGAAGACUCAACGCCCAAUGUUGAAAAGGUAAGUCCUGACCUGAACAUGUACUAUCAUAAUGUGUUUAAGAGAUCUAAGGUAGAUAUAUACCACUGCUGA